AUGGAUGAAGACUUGGACACUGUGAAGACAGUGAUACGAUCACUGCUCGUCGUCAGCAAGAAAGAAGUGCCACUGCAAGCUUUCCUUCGAGACUACCGCGAGAGUGAGGGGCAAGACCUUCCAUUUCGACAGUUUGGUUACAAGAAUGUACAAGAGUUUCUGGAGAACCUUAAAGACACUGUGAGAGUAACGGCACACGGCCCAAACAUGGUUUUCUUAUCUCCUGCCAUCACAAAAGACAUUCAGCAUAUUGACAAGCUCGUUCGCACACAGAAGUCCACCCCUUCGAAGCGUGGGUCUCCCAGGCCUCCGGUCCGCCGCCCUCCACGACCUAUUUCUCGGCCAUUGGUUGUAAAGCGUCCGAGAAACAUCGUCGAUACCUUUCACGCAAAAAAGUCCCAAGGCAACAUUGUAAAUGGCGGUUAUACCCAUCAGGCAUUUAGCAGUACAUCUUCCAUUAAUAACUCCAGAGAUUCCGACGUUGAAAACUGGGACGACGAAACGAAUUGCGCAGCGGGGGACUGUCGUAACCCGCCUUAUGGUGUAUGGAGCGCUGCAGUUGACUCCCCGUCCGCCGCACAAAGUGUUAAGGAAGAGCUUGGUCACCCAGGUGGAGACGGUAAAGUGGCGUGCGAGACAUCCGUUUUGAAUUCUUGGGAUGCCCAAGCAGAGGCAGUAUUAAAGGACAGCGCGGCGGUACAGAGACAUCCUGCCAAGGACUGCGUACAGGUUCCUUCGGCAGAGAACGGCACACACGUUUUCGAAGAAGGAAAAGCUGAUAGUACACGAGAAAGAAAUUCAGGGUUCUCUGUGACACGUUCUACUAGCACUACUGGCGAGGUAGCUCCCCCAGAAGACGCAUCUCACGGCUCGCGUGUAGAGUCCCCGAUUGUGUGUGGGACGGGAGAGAACUGGGUUGAGAAAGUUCGUGCAUCCGCGAGACCCGCUUGCCUGUCUUUUGAUUUUCCUCGGGUGCCGGUGCCGGUCACAAAAUCUUUGCAGCUGCCUGUCCAGAGGGUUCCUCAAUACAGUUAUUCACAAGGAGCGGCGACCUCUCUCAGCCAGAGUGUUCUUUAUUAUUCGACAUCGGCAGUGCAACCUGUUCCAUGUGGAAUUUAUGCGCCGAUGUUGCCAGUGCCAGGACCGCCGUUUGUUCCCCCACAAGUGCCAUAUGGAGGAGGUAUGACACAUCCCAUGGUGGGACCGCCCAUGAUGUUCAACAGUGCCAGCAUGACAACUUCCAUCAAUGCUCAGUUGAAUGCUGCUGCCCCACCGUACGUGCCAAGGUCCUUUUCAGGAGUGUCCCAUCUGCAACAGAAUAUAGAUAACCAAAGCAUGAACAAAUAUGGAACUGAACCCCAGAGUGGUGCACAGAGUGAGGAAACUGCCCACGUGAGCAUGCCAGCGGAUGUCAUAGCAGGAGUUACAAGCCUGCUGAAGAGCCAUCCGGAUGGCUUGAAUGUGAAGCUGUUGCAGAAACUCUACGAGGAAGAAAUCGGUCAGCACAAUUACUUCAGCAGCCGAGAGUGGAGCCCAAAGGAUCUGAUUAUAGAAAUUAUUGACCGCAUUGCGAUGGUUUCCGUCAGCUCUAUUGCAGGGGGUGAAUUCAUAGUGAAGUUGGUAGAGCCGGUACAAACGCAGGACUGUAGCGCGGAGGAAAAUUCAUCCGGUCUUCCCGCUGAUGUAGCGCUAGGCAUAGAAAAGAUACUACAGAAGCACCCCGAGGGAAUCUUAGUGCAGGAGCUUCCUAAGGUUUACAAAGCAGAAUACGGCCCCCACCCUUACUUUACCAAAGAUGGCUGUAACCCGACAAAGCUCACUCUUGCUGUCGUCAGCAGCGAUCCUUCCGUUACAGCCAUCACUCUGAAUAAUCGAAAGUGUCUGCUCAAGCUCACUACGGCGAGCUCAAGGAACGUGCAAAAGCGGGAAGAAAACCGUCGCAGCCCAUCCUCGGCCGAGUCUGUCACGACGGAGGAAGAGUUGAGCACGUAUUGCCGACAAACGUUACCGACGACUCAAGAGUUUUCCGCCAGGCUCGGCGAAGUGUACAGUCCUGGCGCAUUUUACAUCCUCAUAAACGGAGAGAACACUACGGACGCGCUGGCGAAACUCAUGAAAGAUAUGAACCAAUUUUACGACAGGGCGCCACCCCAACGUCACAAGUUGAACCGUGAAGACAUAAGGGCCGACGUCUCGUGCGCCGCCACAUACGUGAUCAACGGUGAACCGCAGUGGCACCGCGCGCAGGUACUCUCUCGAGCAGUAACGAAGGUGAAUAUUUUGUACGUGGAUUUCGGCACCUGCGACCAGGUGUCCACGGACCAGCUGCGGCGCAUCGAUCCCAGGUUCAUGGAGCUCCCCACGCAGGGUAUCAAAGUGAGACUCACCGGGAUCAAGCCACGUGGCUCGAGCACCUGGUCCGACGAUGCCAAACAGCAUUUCUUGAACCUGACGAGAGACGCCGACCUGCAGUGUAAGGUGGAGGAGUGGAACGGCGAAGAUUUUGGGGUGAAGCUAUGGAAGGUCGACGACAGGGAACGUUCCAUAGCUGACGUGCUCGUCGACGAUGGGUACGCGGAAGAGGUGAACCCCAGACAACCUGCGCAAAUUUCGAGCUGGGUCAUUAAGCCGCACUAUCUGCGAGAGGGCGCCCAGUUGGACAUCAUAACGUGGAAAGGUGUACGGUACGUCACCGGAAGAAAUGUUUCCGAGCUGUUCCACUGGCCGCCGACGGCCAUAGAGAAGAUGCUCCUGGAGAAGCAGAUCGCCUUCAAUGUCAAGGUCGUGUCGCAAUCCGAGGAUCCGGCUCUGUUUGUCGACAUCACUCGUGAGCAGUGCAGCGACAUAUCUGACGAGUCCAUUACGCUGUACAAACUGCAGAACUUGCCGGACUUGUUAAAUCUGUUCAGCCAUCCGUUGAGGGGCAUCCGGAGGGAGGUAGAGGACAUUCUCUGCGACGAAGUGUACCUCUCGGACGAAUCGACCGACGAGGAGGAACGCGAGGAACAUCAGCAAAAAUUAGAGCAUAAGUUGUCCAUCCUGCAGGAGGAGAGGAAAGAGCUGCGGAUGAAGGUGUAUGCCGGUGACCCUAGUCAUAAGAAUGACUUGAGUUUCUUGGAGAGGAAAAUUGAGUGCACGAGAGAGCUCCUUGAACAAGUGAGAGUGCAGUGCCAGCUACGUUUGAGAACUGCAUCGAAAGAGAUGGGUGACAGGCGUCCAGGUGUAAAUGGUGCUGUUGCUGCUCCUGUGCAUGGACUCCAAACAAAACUAAUGGAACUACUUACACAAAAAAAGUCCUGAGAUUUGUCUGAUGUUUACUGUGAUUAUGUGGCAAUUGAAGAUAGUUUUUUUUUGUUGGCAUUAUGGUUAUACUCCAACGUGUUUAAAGGUGCCACACGUGCUGUGUGGACCUGUCUGAGCAAUAUGUUCUUGGACACCCAGCACCAUUGGGUGCGAAUACAUUGAAAAAGCUUGUGGUUUUUAUGCUUUCUUGUUCUUGGCUAGCUACAAUAUGCAAAGUUUCUCACAAUUUAAGUAUUUGAAUCCAAGGUUGGAGUUUGUACAACAAGGAACUUGCUGUUACAUUACGUUGUACAACUAUGUGGAAAAUAAAUUGAUAAGCAUUGUU